CAACUUCGCCGUUUUCUCCCUCUUCCCCCUCUUCGUUUUUCUCCGCGGCCUCGCAGACGCAGCGACUCCCUCUGUCUUCGCGCUCGUCUCCUCCUGGCUGUGUUGUUGGCUUGGAUCUGGAGCCUUUUUCCGGCGGCAUGCGUUUACACUUCGUAGAAUGCUUCUUCACAUUCUUCGUUUUUUUCUCGUCUUCCUUCCUGGGUGAAGGACCGUGUCGCUCCUAGUAAGGUGUAGGUCGUGAGGGGAGGGCGCUUGUUGUGGGUGCCUCUCGUUAAGUGGAGGAAACGCGGAAGUCGGAGUUCCUCCGCGGAAGGACUUUUUCUGCGCGUGGUCGAACCGCUCUUUUGACGUAUGGAGGGAACGUCUCGCGCGGCCGCGUUUCCUUUGGAAAUAAAGGCGCCAAGAAGCGAGUGAAACGCCGUCCGAGACACACACACACACACACUGUCCGCAAACUGCUUUCCAGUGUUUUCGCGUUUUUUUUUGAUGCGGAAUCGACGUGGAUCUGGUUCUUCAUGGCCUGACACUGGCUUCGCAGCUCUCUGUUCUGGAUCGGUUCUCAUUUGUGGGGAGACACGGUUGACUUAAGAUGCGGUGACCGCUGUGCAGGGCCUUCGCCGAGGCGCAUUCCUCUCUCCCGGCUUCGUUUUUGGGACCUGAGGAAAGGCGACACAGGACGAUGGAGAGAGGGUGAGGGUCGCAGAGAGGGCACCCAGGGUGGCCUCUGACAGACGCGGCUCUAAACUCGAGAGAGACAGAGACGAUAGUCGUCCUUUCUUCUCUCUCUCGUCUUUCUGUCUCCUCCACGCGUCGGAUCUCUCUCUCCGGCCCUUCCGCUCUCUUCUUCUCUCUCUCUCUUUUUCUCUCUCUGUCUGUCUCUUUCGCUUUCGCCUCUUUCUCGUUUGCCUCUUCUCUCGCCUCGUUCGCCUCUCUCUUUCUGUCUCCUCUGUCGUGUCGUCCGGUCUGGCGCUUCGUUGCUGUCUCCGUUACCGGCUCGGCCCUUCGCUCUUCUUCGUCUUCUUCGCGGCUCUGCGCAUCGCCUGACCGAAGAGGACUCUUCGCGACCUGGAGGCGCGCAGGAACUCUUCGCAUGGCUAGACUUCUCGCGCGGAGACGUGAGCGUGGAGAACCAUGAAGACGCCUUCUUUCUUUUCGCGCCUCCUUCGGAGGAAUCCGUUACCGGAGGAACGCGAGUGGCGAGUGACGCUUAACGGCCCGCAGCUUCUGCCUGCUUGCGGCAACCGGGUCGUGACCUCCAAGUACACGCUCUGGAACUUCCCCUUCAAAAAUUUCUGGGAACAACUGCACCGAAUCUCCAACAUGUACUUCUUCUUCAUAGGCUUUCUACAAUGCAUCCCUCAGAUUUCCGGUACAGGAGGCCUCCCGACGAUCGGCAUGCCGCUGUCGGUGGUGCUCAUCUGCAACGGUGUCAAAGACGCUGUGGAGGACUAUCGCCGUCACCAAGCUGACGACGUCGAGAAUGGCCAGAUUUGUCAACUCGUAGGCCGUGGUCCGCCUCCUGCUUCCUCCUCACCUCUCGUCUCCCUCCGAACCCGUCUCUUCCACUUCCUAUGUCCACGAAGGUCGCGCGCGUCUUCCUCUCCUCCGUCGUCUCCUUCGUCCGCUCGUUCUUCCGCUCGUUCUUCCGCUCCUUCUGCGUCUCCUCUGUCGCCGUUUCCAUGGGAGUCUGUGGAGCUUGGAGACAUUGUCGUUUGCUUCCGAGACGACUUCUUCCCCGCGGAUCUGCUGCUGCUUGCGUCGGCGGAUCCAAAUGGCGUCGCCUUCAUCGAGACGGCGGGUCUGGACGGCGAGGGGAACAUGAAGGUGAAGCAGCUGCAGAAAGACUUGGCCCUCUGGAUUGGCCACCAGCCGCAUGCAGCCAAUUUAAGUGCCUCUGCUGGCACUCGCGCAUCUGCGGCUUCUCCGCCCGCCGCGCUGCUCGCAGCGCUACAGGAAAUUGGCACGCUGUCAGGUUCGCUCUGUUGCGACUGGCCAAAUAGAGACCUUCUGCGCUGCGAUGGCAUUCUCACUGUCUCCAGAAGACGCAGACAGGAGCCUGCGAGAGGAAACGGGGCGGAGGAGGAGGCCGCAGCGGUCGGUAGCUGCAGGACUGGAGACGCCAGCAGAGUACAGAGAGGAGACGCACACGGUCCAAAUGGGGACAGUGAGGAACGGCAGGUGCCUGUGAACAUCGACAACAUGUUGCUGCGGGGAUGCCGACUCCGCAACACAGACUGGAUUGUCGGCCUCGCCGUGUACACUGGAGAUAAUACCAAAAUUCAACUGAAUUCUGGGCCGCCUCGAUCGAAGCGAUCUCGCGUCGAGAGACUCUCAGGUCGAAUGAUUGUGGGAAUCGCCGUGCUUCAAGCCAUCAUGUGCACUGCCACAGCCAUCGCCAGCACUGUUCUGUGGUAUUCGCCUUCGUCUCCGUUGAAGAAUUUGACUUAUCUGCACAAUCCGCAGGACCGGAGUCUCCCUGGGUUUCUCUUCUGGCUAAUUCAGGCGCUGACCUGUGUGGUUUUGACGGCGAAUUUGAUUCCGAUUUCGCUGAUUCUGCAAACGACGUUCGUUCAAGCCAUUCAGGCGUCGAUGAUAAACAGCAGACGCGUGGGGAGUUCCCCAGACGUCUACAGCAGAGCCCGCCUCUGGAGCGACCGUAUCUCCCGUUCGGACGACCCGGAGAUAAGCGCGGAGACGCGACCUCGGAGGCGAGCAACCACCUGGCGCAAAACGGGCAGCGGUGGAGAAGCAAAGGCAGACGUCGCAGAGGUUUCUGACGCGGCGAAUGCCGCCAGAGCGACCGGGGGAGAUAUAGGCCGCUGCGGAGAAGAAGCGGAGACGGUUAGCAUGUCAGGGGAAGGCGACGCGGGUCAUCGACGAAACCGUCUCCGAGAGAAGGUCGUUUCAAGAGGGAGGAACUUGUUUUCUUGGAUCAGGAGUUUGCCUUCUACUUUUAGCAGAACGCGUGAAACCGGCAGCGACUCCCAAGCCAAUGCCGCGUUCGUAGAUGCAUUCUCGACCGGGGCGGCGUGCGAGCACGAAGAAGAGUGGGCAAAAGGCCUGCAAACGCUGCACAGCCGGGAGGGGACAGGUGUCUCCUCGCACGGUGUGGGGUCGUCUCCCUCCGGAGGAGACAGUCGCGGGGCGACCACCAGCGACGAGAGAACGACGCGAGACAGCGAAAAUGGUUUAGGAAACAGCACGGUCGGGGCGGCGCACGCAGCUGGGAAGCAGAUGAUGAGGAACUUUAGGGUGAAACUGAAAAGCGGUGAUCUUGAGGCCAGAGGCAGAAGCGAAAGGACGAAGGCUCGUGGAGACCCGGCGGAGAACAGAAGAAACGAGCAAACGAGGGAAAAAGCGCCAGCGACUUUCAAAGACGAGGCAGAGGACGAAGUGAGUGAAUUCGAUGCCGAGGAAGAAGAAAAAAAAGUGAAGCCAGAGGAGAUUGUCGCUCGAACGUCCGACCUCAAUGAAGAACUCGGACAAGUCAGCUACGUUUUUUCGGACAAAACCGGGACGCUGACAGAAAACAUGAUGGAGUUUCGAAAGUGCUGUAUCCAAGGCAUCCGCUACGGCGACGAGGUGGAGGGUGAGAAGGUCAGACUAACACAGUCUGGCGGCAGAGAAGGCCUUCCGCAAGAACGCGAGGCGCCUCAUGUGAAGGUGGGCGACCCAACGCUGCGGGCGGCGCUGUCGGACCCCGACGAUCCGAUGCACUCUCACAUCAUCGAUUUCUUUCUUCACCUCGCCGUCAACCACUCUGCUCUCGCGGAACACGAUGAACAAACUGGACAUUUGUGCUACUCAGCAAACAGCCCGGACGAGAGGGCCUUUGUUUGCGCCGCGCGACACUUUGGAGUCACUUUUCGAGCACGGACGCCCUUCGGGGUGGAGUUGAAUGUCCUGGGCCGCACCGUCCACGUCGACAUUCUCGCCUCUUUUCCAUUUGAAAGUCGUCGACGGCGCUCAUCUGUGCUCUGUCAAAUUUCCGAGCCUAGGCCGAGGAAAGAGAGGAAAAGCGCUUCGUCUUCGACGCGCGCGGACUCGCCUUCCCAGCCCUCCUGCGCGCCAAACCCAAAACACAACGGAGACACUACAGCAGCUGCUGGGAUUUCUUUCGCGGCUGCAGACCAGCCGCGCGGAUCGGGAGGAAACGCUAAACGCCUCGCGGGGAGGCCUUCUCCAUCCGCCGUCCCUGCCGUGUCUGCCACUCUGCCGCCGCUCUCGAAAGCGAACCCACCGAGCCCAGCGUCUCUCGAGGCAUCAUCCGUACUCUGCCAUCCCCAUGGGCCUCUUGCCGCUGCAGAGACCAAGCCGGAAGCGAGAGAAGAAGAAGAAGACGGACAGUUGCGGCAGCGAGUUGUGCUUCUCACAAAGGGCGCAGACAUGGUGAUUCUGCCUCGACUUCGUCGGCGUGCGAGUGGAAAGCGUCCGGACGAAGGGAGACAGGAAAGAGACGGGAGAACAGGAGGAGAGAGAGAACAGAAGGAGUCCACCUCUGCACAAGCAAACGAUGGGGAACCGCCAGGGGAGCCAGGCGAGAGUGUAGAGAGCGACGAGGAUGAAAUGGCGAGACGGAAAGCAAUGGAGACAGCUCUCGAGGCAUACGCAGGAGAAGGGCUUAGGACGCUGUGCAUCGCAAAACGAACGAUUGACGAGGAAGAAUUCGCGAGAUGGUACAAAGAGUAUCAAAAAGAGCACACCUCCCGAACCAAGGACAAAGAAGAACGGCUUUACCAACUCGCCGAGAGGCUGGAGGUUGACCUCGAGUUGCAGGGGGUGACAGCGGUCGAGGAUCGCCUGCAGCAGGACGUUGCAAUGACCAUUGUGAAGCUUCGUCAGGCUGGAAUCCACGUGUGGAUGCUGACCGGAGACAAAACUGAGACGGCGCUGAAUGUCGGCAUCUCGACGUUUUUGGUUGCGAGAGACACGCGCCUGUCGCGGUACUUAUGGAACGGGAGAGAGCCGAAUGGGGUAGCGCUCGAGCGUCAGCUGCGACAAGACCUCCGGGCUCUUGAUAUGGCUUCUACGACACAGCCUUCUUGCUUCUCUUUUUGGUCCUGGAAAUGGUCCGGCCAUCCUCGCCGAGAGGCCGAAGAUUCGCGUGCAGAGACAGGCAGCGAGGGGGGAGACCAGGCAGUUCGAGAGCCUCCCGAGGCUCUGAUUGUUGACGGGGAAGCUCUCACAUUUCUCUUCGAGACUGUUGAGAGACAGUGCGCCUUCAUUCGCCUCUGCUGCGCAUGCCGGGCUGUCAUCUGUUGCCGGUUGGCGCCCCAUCAGAAGGGCGCUGUCGUCUCGCUGGUGAAGAAGACGACGCAGAAGGUGACUCUGGCCAUCGGAGACGGAUCGAACGACUGCAACAUGCUUCUGCAGGCCCAUAUCGGCGUUGGUAUUCGAGGCAACGAAGGCAACCAAGCUUUCAAUUGCUCGGAUUUUGGAGUCACGCAGUUUCGACUGCUCCUGCCUCUCCUGCUCGUGCAUGGCCGGUGGUGCUACCGGCGAAUAACGACCGUCAUUCUUUACAUCAUCUACAAGAACUUUCUUCUCGUCUUGCCCCUAGUCUACUUCGGAUUUCUCUGCCUCUUCUCUGGGCAGCGGUUCUACCCUGAAGUCCUCGCCCAAACCUACAAUCCAGUUCUUACUGCGAUGCCCAUAACACUAUACGGGGUGUUGGAGCAGGACAUCGACGAACGCGCAUCGCUCAAGUUUCCUCAGUUGUAUCGCCUGGGCCAGGCCGACUCUUUUUUGAAUCUUCGCACGUGCAUCUCCUGGAUCCUUCUGGGAGUUGUACACGCAGCCAUCAUUUUCGUCGUUGGGCUCUACGCCUUUGGCUACUACAUCAUUCCCGGUCCCAGUGGCCAGCCGUUCGACAUGUGGAUGGUGGGCACCGUGAUGAUGGCAGCGAACUGCCUGGUGGCGAACUUGGCCAUUCUCUUUUACAGCUUCAGCGUCUCUGCUGUCACAUGGUGUGGCAUCGCCUUCUCACUCUUCUCUUGUCUGGUUCUCUUCUUCGCGGCCUCGACAGCGACUGUGGGGGGCAUCUCGACGGGGGCGAUUUUCCUUCUUUUCAAGGCGUCUCCUACCAUUUGCCUCUACGUUCUUGUUGCUUGCUCGCUCUCGCUGGGACUCCUCUGGUUCAAGCGCAGCUUCCGCGUCGCGUUUCGCCCCGAGCUGUACGAUGUGCUUCAGAGACACGAGUAUUUGGGCCUCCCGCUCCUCUCUGCCUCUGACAGGAGACGGUUGCGUCUCUUCGAAGAGGCCGCUGAGGACGAGAAGGAGGCCGCGGGCCUAGGGUCGGAGAGCGGCCGCGACGCGACCUUUCAGACGACGGCGGGAAGACGAGCCGACAAGACAGCAAAGCCAACGAUCGAGGGAAGAGAAGAACCGCAGAGCAGCCGAUUCAACCGGUGUUUCGUACAACCGUUCAGACGCAGAAAUCAGACAUCCAAAAAGGGUGAGAAAGGGCCUGGCCUGUCAACUGGAUUCAGUGUCGCGGAGCCGGCGCCGAUUCUUCUCAACCUGCAGAGAUCCUUGAGCCUUUAAUGCCGACGGAUUCUCUCAGGAUACACCUUUGCGUUGGGCCUGAGGGUUUCGCCAGAUGCAGUUCUCUCAGCAUCGGUCGCGUCGCCUCUCUUUUAUUUCAUGAGAAGCUCCACACCGAGGGUGUAGGAACAGAGCGCAGUCAGUCGUGCUUCGCGUUUCGGUUUCGUCGCUCAGGCAGGUAGCAGGUUUCUGUAUGGUAUGCUGCCUCCCUUCGCGGGUGUUUGUGUGCCAUUCUGGUCUGGAGGGAUGACGGCCGUGAAAGACGACAUUGGCGGAGACAAGGGCAGAAGAAGACGCGGUGGCAAGAGAGUCUAGAAACAGCAACCAGAGAAGAUUUCGAGAAGGGAACAAGAGCAGAAGGCUUGGGUAGCAAGAACGUCCAAAAACGAAGCAAGAGAUCAAAACAAAUUCUCCUUCGCUCUGAGGGCUUCUCAGUUUCGAGACUUUUUCGAGAAUUCUACCGAGACCGUAAUAAUGGAGAAACAAGGGGACGAGGUAGACAGGCGUCCUCUACUCGAAUUCAGAUGAAACGAUGGAAAAACGAUCUCAUCAGUGGCCUCCCGCUGCAGUCCUUGAUAUGUUGAUGAGGCUGCUUUAGUCCCCUACAGAACAGGAGGGAGGCAAAACUGUAUUCUAAUUCCACGUGAACCGCUGCAUCCGCUGAUGAUUCAGGUGCGUAGCCAAUAGAAAACCGCAUGGGCAAAGGUGUCAGGAUGCCUGUUGACACGCCACCCCAGUGGCUGUCGUAUCUCAUGCAUGUUUUCAUAUGUUUCCCUGUAAAUAGGUUUUUGUAUGAGUGUAUAGAAUCGUGCGCCGCCGCUUCGUCUUACGUGCGUUUUCCGCUACGAAUCGCCACAGCGUGAUCGCAAGAGAGUGUUGUUUUUUGUUUCGGGUUUCGCGAGCAUUCCAAAGUCGAGAUGACACGAGCGCGUGCGUUCUUGCCUUUUGCGUUGCUCCGCGUAUUCUCUCUGCACAUCGUUUUAGACCGACAGAGCUGUGCUUUGUUUUCCGUUGCCAGAACGAGGGAGUCCGUUUCAUUCCCUACCGGCGCAGGGUAAGAAGCCUUUUUUCAGGCUCGGCAAGAAUUUCCUGAGUAUGCCAGGUUUCGCCCGGCACAUUGCUUCUAUGAAAAAGUCCUCCCUCUUUUUCAGACACCCGCAGCGGCAUAGCGAUCGUGCCGCUCUUGGGCUUGUCUCUAUCAUUUUGCCGUUUCCAUUGUGCCUCCGCACAGGAGGCAAAUAGCUGUCGCUCUCUGCCCUUCAGAAGGCAAAACGAGAGUGGCUUUUAAUAGGAUGAAGGAACUUGACAAGCAUUACUAAGUCUUGUAUCGCGGAG